CAUCGGCUGAGGAGGCGGCGGUUGGGAGGGCAGCAUUCCCCACCACCGUUUCCAAUUCAUUCGCAGGAGGUAGAUCGAAUUCUAUUCCACCCAACGGCGAGUGCGCGUCGACACAGCCCGAAACGCACCCCACUCAUUCAUACAAAGCAAAGGCUUCGCAGAGAAGCCGCACUCCCACCACCCACCCGGCCUCCGGGCGCCGCACUCCCUCCCACCACCCGUCCGGCAUCCGGGCGCGAUGGCGUCAGGCGUGCCGGCGAGCAUGGCGCUCACGCUGGCGGGCUUCUGCUUCAGCGUCAUCUUCAUCGUCUUCGUCUGCUCCCGCCUCGCCUGCGCCCUCCUCCGCCGCCGCCGCCGCCGCUCCCCCGCCCUCCCGCAGUACGCCGUCGCCAACUACGCCUUCGCCGUCCACUUCGCGGGGGGCGGCGCCGGCGGGGGGCUCGAUCCCGCCGCCGUGGCCGCGUUCCCCACCCGCGCCUUCGCCGAUGCCUCCCGCGGCUCCGACUCCUCCGACGACGCCGACGCCCAGUGCGUCGUCUGUCUUGCAGAAUACGAAGAGAAAGAUGUGCUACGCUUACUCCCUUACUGUGGUCACAAUUUUCACAUGGCCUGUAUAGAUAUGUGGUUGGAGCAGAACUCAACCUGCCCAGUCUGUAGAAUCUCAUUGCACGAUAACCCUGAUAGCAAACACACUCAGCCUCCUCCUCCACCUAGUGUAGUGAUAAGCCCUCCAUGUUCUCCACAAGCGUCAAGAUCAGAUCCAUGCCACUGCCUGUUUGUCAGCACAGGGCAUUCAUCAAGGGCAUCAGAGGUUCUUAGACAUGAACUCGACCAGGAGAAUCAGAUAGCAUCUGGCCCAUCAGUGGAUGGGGCUAAUAACAUGCCACUGUCCGAAGUUAACUCCCCUCGUGAAAAUAAUAGCCCAACAGUAAGAAAGCAGGUGGAGAGAUCUACGCAGCUAGGGCCCUGCAAAUAGCUGCAUGGAGUUUCUUUUGUGCAGCCCGCAGGUUUAACUGCCUGUAAAACGAGAAACAUGUACACGGCUGUUCUAGGUUAGAUUUGAGGGGUUUGGUGUAAAUAUGAGAAAUCAUUCAGGUUUCUUGUUGGGAGAAAAACACAGUUUGAUUUUUAGACUAAAAAACGGCUGAUUGUGGUAUCCAACAUAGAGAUUAUUGUUACAGCGACAUCGCAUUUGCGAAAAGCUAGUUGCUGUGGUUGCCACCAGCAAAUAGGAUGAAGAGUAUCUUGAUUAGUUCCAUGUGAUGAGAGCAUUUGGAAUUGACAUGGUUCUGUGCUGGAGAUUAACUGACAGCAUUUGGAUUGAA